AUGAAAUUGUUCUCCUCUUCGUGGAUCUACAACCUUUCACACGAACAACUAGAACAAAUCGCUGGGGAGGAAGCAGCUGUCCGAAGGAAGCGUCGCCAGUUGCAGAAACAGGCGAAGGAGCUUGACACUGGCAGAAGAAUCCUACUCCAGCUUGUGAAAGAGGAAUUCUAUCUCCUCGAGUUGCGCAAGGCCAAUUUCCCUUCAAAGUGGUCUUUCUUACGUUUGAGUUCGAAGUAG